AUGGCACCCAUAACACGCGCCUCAGUCCAAAAUAUUUCUCUGGCCUAUGCAUCCUGUUCAAUCGGCUGCAACUCGAGUGAUGCCCUCCCCCGCAAACUGGAGGCAUUGAGCGAAGCUGGGUUCACCGCAAUCGAGCUUUCAUUUCCCGACAUUUUGAAACAUGGAGCACAUCUUCAAGGCCAUCCCAUCUCAUCAGAUAAUUAUUCCGAACUUGUCAAAGUCGCCCACAAAAUCCGGGAACUCUGCGAGUCAAAUUCGUUGACUAUCAUGAUGCUGCAACCGUUGGCGAAUUUUGAGGGUUGGCCGAAAGGGUCGUCUGAAAGAGAGGAAGCUUUUGCGAGAGCAAGUGGCUGGAUAGAGAUUAUGAAGGCUCUUGGAACAGACUUGCUGCAGGUUGGAUCUACGGAUACACCGUCCGAUAAGAUAUCUAUCACUCGUGAAGCCAUUGUAUUUGAUCUCCGUGAACUAGCGGAUAUGCUGGCAAAGUACAAUUUCCGCGUGGCCUAUGAAAAUUGGUGCUGGUCAACCCAUGCACCGGGCUGGAAAGAAGCAUGGGAGAUUGUCUCAGCCGUCGACCGCCCGAAUGUCGGGUUGUGUCUAGACACAUUCCAGACUGCUGGUAGUGAAUGGGCAGAUCCGACAACUAAAUCUGGUCUUAUUGAAGAAGUGCCAUAUGAGAUUUUGCAAAAGAACUUCGCCGCCAGUAUGGAUGAGCUCGCUCGUAUCGUACCAUCUGAAGCAAUCUAUUUACUACAGAUUUCGGAUGCCUACAAGGUUUCUCCACCGCUGACGAACGAAGCUGUCGAAGGACUUAGGCCCCGUGGUCGCUGGAGUCAUGGUUAUAGACCUAUGCCUUAUGGUGGCGGCUACUUGCCGAUCGAAGAUGUGGCGAAGGCAGUGUUGGAGACUGGAUUUCGUGGAUGGUUCUCCAUGGAGAUUUUUGAUGGCGGGCCAGAAGGCAAGGGGUUAAAGUAUGACUUGGAUUCUUAUGCAAAGAAGGCGAUGCAGAGCAUGCAGGAAUUGUUAAUUGACUGCGCGGAUAGAUGA